CCUCCGCUAUUGCUAACUAAACGGCGGAACUACAGCAGCAACAGUCAGUUGCUCGUCAGUUGUCGAGGCACUGCGUUCACGUGCAGUUCUUUCUUAUUAUCACUCUUUUGAGGAGCUUAUCGACUGCAGCCAGGGAAGCUAACGAGAACAGCCCACACGUGAUUCUUCAGUUAACGUAAGCUAAGAUAUUCGCGUCGUUUGACAGCUAACGCUAACUAGCUAACUAGUCACGUUUGUAUUCCUGGUAAUUUCAAAACAAAACCCGCAAAACGGAGAAGUUGAGGCGCAGCUGUCACCUCCGAAGCAGCUUGCUCCAAAGAAGCCUGCGAGGGUCAAGACUGUCCAGCGGCCGAAGAUAUAAUACGCCGUUCAUGUGAUCUUUGAUGCGCUCGGUUAAUGCCUAGACACCGGUAUUUAACCGCCGUUAAGGUUACUCUGAAGAAGCUGUAAGCAGGUUUGACUGCGCCGCGUUUGAACUGUAAAAAACUAACCCAAAGCUCACGUAAACGUCCAGGGACGUGGUUCUCUCAUCACGAGCAGGUUCACGUUUUCUUUUGGGGAUUUAAAUGUCCGAGAAGAGUUCAUCGUCCGUUUCGGAUGAAGAUGCGGAUCCGGAAUCUGGGCAGCAUGUGGAGCUCGGUGGCGUGUUGAGCAAGUGGACGAAUUACAUCCACGGAUGGCAGGACCGAUGGGUCGUGUUGAAGAACAACACGUUGAGCUACUACAAGUCGGAGGAUGAACGGGAAUACGGCUGCAGGGGGUCCCUGUGCCUCAGCAAGGCUGUUAUCACACCUCAUGAGUUCGACGAGUGUCGUUUUGACAUCAGUAUGAACGACAGCGUUUGGUACCUCAGAGCUGAAGAGCCCGAGCACAGACUCCAGUGGAUCGAGUCCAUCGAGCUGCACAAGGCUGAGUCCGGUUACGGUUCAGAAACCAGUCUCCGACGUCAUGGGUCCAUGUUGUCUCUUACCUCAGCAGCCAGUGCCGUGUCUGCCACAUCCACGUCCUCCUUCAAGAAGGGGCACAGGUUGCGUGAGAAACUAUCAGAAAUGGAAACCUUCCGGGACAUUCUGUGCAGACAAGUGGACACGCUGCAGAAAUACUUUGACUCCUGUGCUGACGUCGUCUCCAAAGAUGAAUUUCAGAGGGACAGAGUCGAGGAGGACGAAGAAGACUUUCCUACAACUGCAAGACCCGAGGGUGAACCCAAUCACAACAACGGCAGCAAAGAGAAAUGCGAGUUUGCUUUCGGAUCGUCGCUUUUAUUUGAGAAUAUCGAAAAUGACUCGUUCGCUUUAACGCGAAAAGCUAAUCAAGUCGCACUCGGUUAUUUGUCCUUUUUGUCUUCGUCUGCGCCAGUGUUCUCCCCCGCCAGUCCCAAAGGUAUGAAUGGAAUCGACUUCAAAGGCGAGGCCAUCACGUUCAAGGCCACCACAGCAGGGAUCCUCUCCACCUUGUCCCACUGCAUCGAGCUGAUGGUCAAACGGGAAGACAGCUGGCAGAAGAGAGUGGACAAGGAGCUCGAGAAGAGGAGGAGGGUGGAAGAUGCCUACAAGUCUGCUCUGAAUGAACUGAAGAAGAAGUCCCACUACGGAGGCCCGGACUACGAGGAGGGGCCCAACAGUCUGAUCAAGGAGGAUGAGUUCUUCGAUGCGGUCGAAGCGGCACUGGACCGACAGGACAAGAUAGAAGAGCAGUGCCAGUCGGAGAAGGUCAGGAUACCACGACUAACUCCAGUUCCUCCGCGAGACGCCUACUCCACCAUCGGUACACACCGGUUUGCCACCAAGCCCCGUAGCCAUUCUUCUUCUUCCCUGUCUUCAGUUGAGCUAGUCAGUGCUUCAGAUGACAUUCACAGAUUCAGCGAUCAGGCGGAGGAGAUGGUGCAGGAUCACAUGACCUACUCUCUCCAGGAUGUAGGCGGAGAUGCCAACUGGCAGCUUGUAAUAGAAGAAGGAGAGAUGAAGGUGUACAGGAGAGAAGUCGAGGAGAACGGCAUCGUGCUGGACCCCCUCAAAGCCACUCAUUCUGUGAAGGGGGUGACCGGACACGAGGUCUGCCACUUCUUCUGGGACACGGCCGUCCGAAUGGACUGGGAAACCACCAUUGAAAAUUUCAACGUUGUGGAAACUCUCUCUGACAAUGCUGUCAUUGUUUACCAGACGCACAAGAGAGUGUGGCCGGCCUCUCAGAGAGACGUGCUCUAUCUGUCGGCCAUCAGGAAGAUCUUGGCCACGAAUGAAAAUGAUCCCGACACGUGGCUGGUCUGCAACUUCUCUGUGGACCACGACAAAGCCCUUCCCACAAACCGGUGCGUUCGUGCCAAAAUCAAUGUCGCUCUGAUCUGCCAAACCUUGGUCAGCCCACCAGAGGGCGAUAAAGAGAUCAGCAGAGACAACAUCCUUUGUAAGAUCACCUACGUUGCCAAUGUAAACCCAGGAGGUUGGGCUCCAGCCUCGGUCCUCAGAGCCGUGGCCAAGAGGGAGUAUCCGAAGUUCCUCAAGCGCUUCACCUCGUACGUCCAGGAGAAAACGGCCGGAAAGCCCAUCCUCUUCUGAACUCCACGAGGCUCGCGAGACGACAUCGUUCAUCGUUGAGUCGGCUCUGAGUGACUCGCCUGUCAAUCGGAGCGUCUUGUCCAACGACUGCAUCGGGACACUAUCAUUCAGGCCGUCCCCCAGGACGCCUGCGUGUAGAAGAGACUGGUUUUACAGCUUUAAUCCAUUAGUAGUUGGCAUCCCGGCCACAUUAACACGGCUGAACACCAUCUGGUGGUCAUUGGUACAUUUGUAUGUAAAUUUACGAGUUUCCUAAGUGUUCUUUGAAUUGUUGUUACCAAUUAUUUGCUUUUUUUUUUGUAAAUUGUUUUGUAUAUUUCUUAUGACUACAUACUUUUUGACUUUUUUGGGUUCGCUUUAAUCACUCGUAUUACAGCUACGUGUUCUGCUGCUGCUAAAGUUACGACUACGAGAGAAGAAAGUCGAUACGGCGGGAAACGCAUCGAUCAAGUGCGGCACAUUAACGCCUCUCUUUUGCCUUCUCCUGUCCGUAGUGACGACUCUCUCUUUGCAGUUGGACAGAGCCGACAGCUUUGAAAUCUUUAUUCUUCCAGAUUGUUAUAGCGUAGCCUCCGAGCAGCACCACGGACACAAUGUAUUGUACAGAGAAAAUGCGUUUUCAGUUAAUGGGAGAAAUGUGAAUUGACUGUUAAAUGCUUGAAUGUGGUGACAGUAAUGGGCCGAGGACGCCUGGAGUAGGCUCUAAAGAGCAGUCGCUAAGUCCAAAGUCACGUUGGACGAUAUUUUAGACACGGGUGACGGUGAUAAUCCAAAACUGUACGUCAAUAAUGGAGUUGCCUGCCAUCUAUAGAUGCUAAGCGGCGGCCGAUGUGAAGCGGUCUCUGCGUAACGUGGAUUUCCGACAGAUUAUUGCAGAUGUCCAGCCGUCGUGUCGGAUGAACAGAUUCUGCUCUUUCACUGGGAUGUGGAGACGUUUUGUACCCCGUAGGUUUGUUUUUCACCACUUUUGAGGCCACUGGAAAAAUUCCGCCCGUGCAUUCACGAGCGUCAGGUUUGUAAAUUAGUCGCGCUGCUAUUGUAAGGAUACGGUAAAACGUCGAGUCGGAUGUCAUCCGUACCAAAGACUUUGUCGUGUUCUAACAUUACAUUUCACAUGCCACACUACAGUGCAGUGGCCUCCUGCCCUUUGACUGAUAAACUGCCCCAAGAAAGCCUUAGACACCAGGAUGUUUAAGACUCCUGGGUAUCUUCACUGUACAGCCACCAGAUGUGCAUAGAAAUGAAGCGGAGGAGAGGGAAGGGUCAGCAUUUCACGUCAUCUUACCUCAAGAUGUGCAUUUACGUCGAUGUUUGAGGCCAUCGUAGGUUGGGAGUUUUGCAAUCGGUUUUUCUGCUUGGUUGAAAAUUCACCAUCAGAUGUUUGGUCCGAGGUUGGAACGGAUCUGGAUAAUCGUUUUGUUUCUUCUGAUGAUUACAAGAGCAAAGCUUAACGAGCAAAGUCGGCUUAAGAACGCCUCGUGUUUUUAACUUUGAUAUUUUGUCCGUGAUCUCCACACUUUGUAUAUUUCUAAGUUGUACAUCAGAAGUGUUUAUUUGCACUAAAUGAAAAUGUUCUGUAAAUUAAAAUUGUUAGACAACAAGUA